ACAACCUCCAUUUGAAAAAAAAAAAAAAAGCCCAGCUGUGUUGCAUAUAUGUAUCGUGCGUGCGUAGUUUCUACAUUAUAGUUUUGGAUGUCUUUUCUGAUAAUGAACUCCACAUUCUAGUUUUCUGAGCAUAUACAUGAGUAUGGACAUCCGUAACAAUUGAUAUACAUCUAUUUCUCGUCAAGUAGGGUCAUUACUGAACUUAAACCUGCUGGAAUUAUCUUUCAAGCUUGCUGGUUGGGACUGUUUUAGUGUCAUUUUAAUCCCAAUUUGGUAUCAAUUUGGGUGCAAAUUUAUCGGAUGGCUGAAUCAGAGUUGCAGCAUGAAACUUCCCAUCUUGCACACGUAAUGCGUGAUAUGGAAAAAGAUUAUGAGUUUGCGGUAGGAAUGGUUUUUCCAAAUGAACUUGAAGCAUACGAUAAGUAUGUGGCCUAUGCAAUCGGCAAAGGAUUUGGGGUGAGAAAGGGUAAUAUGUUCAAAAAUGGUAAAGGAGAAUUAACCCGACGAACUUUUGUGUGCCAUUGUGAGGGGCAUUCUGUCAGCUCAUCUGAUCAAGAAAAGAAAUUUGAGAGGUAUGAAGUUAGAUAUGGCUGUCCUGCUCGUAUCAAAUUUAAGGUUAACAAUGGUGUCUAUGAAGUCAUGAAGCAUAUUUCUGAGCAUAAUCAUGCAUUUAUUCCGGAUGAUCAAAAGCAUUUGAUUAGAUGUGGAAGAAUCAUGUCUGAUACUUCUAAGAGUGUCUUAGUUGACAUGAGGAAAGCCGGCAUUGGAGGGACUACAGCGUAUAAGUUUUUAGCAAAUGAAGCUGGAGGAAGCAAAAACUUGGGUUUUAACCUGCGUGAUUGUCAAAAUUAUUUGCAAACGAAAAGAUCCGAUGGUAUAAGUGGGGGAGAUGGUCAAAGUGUUCUAAAUCAUUUUCAUCUCAUGCAAAUGCAAAAUCCAAUGUUUUCAUAUGAUGUACAGGUAGAUCAAGAUGGUAGAUUGACAAAUUUAUUUUGGAGAGAUAGCAUGUUGAAAUUUGAUUAUGAUUGCUUGGUGAUGUUCUAG